AUGAACUUCGAUGACGGAACCCGACCGGACGAGAAACAUUGCGAGAGAGCCUAUCUGCAAGAGGAACAUCACAAUCACCAUCCUAGCUUGCUAGAUCUACCCGAGGAGGUUAGAAGGCAGAUAUUCCAAGAGUUGUUGGUUUCGGAUACUUCAUUUCGUUUGGGACACCAUAACCUCUUCAGCCUGGGGCCACACAAGUCCAUCCAUUCGUCGAUACUGGCCACCUGUCGUCUGUUGCACCAAGAGGGAAGCCCGGUCCUGUAUGGAGAGAACAGUUUCCAUCUCGGUUCUAUCGGCUUCAAACCCAUCUAUACUGCGUCCUUCGACCACUGCAUUGGGAAGCGCAAUGCUGCUCUCAUCCGGCGCAUCUCCUUCCAUGCCAACCAUACCUGGCAACUUGAUCAACACCGAAUUGCAAGAGCCCUCUCUGCACUUGGGAUCAACAUAUCUGACCUUCGCGUCCUCGUCUUCUCAUUCAACCCCUCCCUCGAGCCCGUCAAGCCGGCCCCUCAGGAGUCCUCGACCGGACCUCCGACCCCUCAAUCCGGUCACUACCACUACUACAACCCUAUAUUCCCCUACACGUCAAAUACCGGAGCCCUCACCCUCGCUACCAACUACAUCCCUAUGAGCUUCCAGUGGCACUACACGUCACAAUUUCCGAGCCAUCCAAACCCCCAACCCGCCCCUAUCCUCACCGGGACCACGCCGUUCACUCCGCUUCCUAGCAACACCGCCCCCCCUCCUGCCUCAAUUACCGUGCCUGGCCAUCUCUUGACGACAAGUGACUCCUCGCCAGAUGUCGUAUUUACCUCGAAAUUCGGCACCAUCCUCCGCUCCGACGCCACCGUUGCGCUCACACACCGCACCUGGCUCGAACCCAUUCCGCGUAGCAUCGUCCAACGAAUGGUAUUCCUCAACGGCACGGAUCUACGCGCCACGGAGGGCUGGCUCGUAAUGCGGACAGAUGGCCCACCGAAGUCGAGAUUCCGCAGCGAGUACCGCGCAGUCCCCGGAGACGGUUGGAACGAUGUCUGGAGGAACCAUCGGGGAGAAGAGUACUGGAUGGUUGAGGAACGAGAGUGGUUGGAGAAGCUGGUCGGUGCCUGGGAGAGGAUGGAGCUCGAGGCGGUGACGACGACGGAGCUGAGAGAGGCGUUGAAUAGAGCGAUUCGGGAGGUGAUGCUGGAGAUGAGGCGGUUUGGUAGGGACAGUGGGGUGGAGAUGGACUGGCAGGUGGAAUUGCGCAUGUCCAUGGCUCAUCAGGGAUCACCUGCCGAUGGGGCCACAUCUACAACUGCCAAGGCUGAUGUGGAAAUGGCCGAUGUGACACUGAGCUUCAACACCGGAUCGGUUGAUGGCUCUACCACGGGGAGUGUGAUUCUUGGAACCACGAAUCACCUUCCAACUGUAGUGCAGGGGUCCUCGGUCGAGCGACUUGAAGGAGGACGGAGGGUCAUAGAUUGA